AUGCAUCGGCUACUGCAGCUGCAGCAGCAGGCGGGCGCCAGCAAGCAGGUGCUGUUGCGUGUUGAGGUGGAGGGCGGCGGCUGCUCGGGGUUUCAGUACAAGUUUCGGCUCGACACGGCUGUGGGGCCGGAAGACAGGGUGUUUGAGCGUGGCGGGGCGCGUGUGGUGACGGAUGCGGUGUCGCUCGAGUUCUUGAAGGGAGCUGUCAUCGAGUUUGAAGACAGCCUGAUGCGGUCUGCCUUCCAGGUCGCCGCCAACCCCAAUUCUGAGUCGACUUGUGGCUGCGGCAGCUCGUUUGUCGCCAAGACGUGA